GGCCCCGCACGACACUGCGAACUCCCGCGGCGCGCGCUAUGUUUUAACGAUAAAAAAUUGGACAAUAACCAGUGGAUUAUGCACUAAAACGACUGCAAAUACGUGCGAAAAGUUGAAGGGAAAAACACAGUAUUUUAUAUACUGUUUCCAUGAACUUUUUGUAACGUUGGCAGUCGAAAAAAGUUCAUACGAGUUCUAAAAGUGAAUUUUAGUUUUUUUUUUUUCAAUUGUUUUUGUUAAAUUAUUGUUGUAAGUACGUUAGUAAAUCGGUUCAGUGCUCAUCAUACAGAUAACCGCAAAAAAGUGACAGUGGAAAAAUACGAUAAGAAAAUUCAAAAAGUUUAUAAAACAAAAGUGACCGCUCAGAAAUUUUUAAUAUCAAACAUAAACUUCUCACUGACAGCAGCAUGCAAUAAGAAUUAGACACUUAUCUAGUUAAUGUUAUCAUCACAAUGCACCAAUAAAUCUUCUACAAAUAUUAUGCACCAGCAGUGUCAAUAAAUCCAUAAUACGCGAUUGUUGUGUUUUCAUAAUUAUCUCAAGAGUGUAGUGCACUGUGCGUUUAAAAAAUACAAAAAUGACAACCAGCGAAGAAAAAGAUUGCAAGCCAAUCAGUCGAUCCCGUGUUAUAUUGUCACAGGUACUAGCAUGCCUAGCCCUGUACUUCUUGCUGAUCGGGCUGGGCCUGUCCAUCAGCUUCGUGACCAUGGUGUUACCUGAAGUCCUGGACGCUAAGGAAGGAUUGUCCAUCACUAAUAAACAGGCUUCAUGGUUUGGUAGCAUGGCGUUCCUCUGCCAGCCUUUGGGCAGUAUAUUCUCCGGGCCACUCCUGGACUACUUCGGUCGCAAGAAGGCGUUAUUCCUGGUGAACAUACCACACGUGGUAGCCUGGUUACUCAUGUACUACGCCUAUGAUGUUCCUUCUCUCUUCAUUGGGAACGCCUUGCUUGGUAUCGGAACUGGUAUCAUGGAAGCACCGUCUGUUACUUAUGUUGGGGAAAUUAGUGAUCCGUCAAUCCGUGGCAUCCUGACCACUCUAACGAACGGGUUCACGGCUACCGGCAUAUUUGUGGCGUAUCUCCUGGGAACUGUGUUACCAUGGCGACAGGCCGCGCUGGUGGCUCUGACAGUACCACUUGCUACCAUGGUGCUGGUGCUUUUUGUCCCCGAAACACCAAUCUGGCUGCUAUCAAAGGGCCGUCAAAAAGAAGCUCUCGACUCCCUCUGCCGUCUCCGAGGCUGGGCCAAACCAGAAGACGUACAAGAAGAAUUCGAUGAACUUACAGAGUACUAUGAGAAACUGCAAGCGUGCAUGUUAUGUACUAAAGAAGGAAAAGUCGUGGAGCCUUGCGAACAUUUUAAUGUGACUUCUAUAAAGAAGAUAAUUUUGAAGAUAAAACAUGUUUUCUUCGUAAAGGAGACGAUGAAGCCGUUUUUAUUGGUGCUGGUGUAUUUCUUCUUUUAUACCGUGAGUGGGGCUUUGCCGGUGAGGCCGACUAUGGUCAAUGUGUGCAGUGCCUUUGGAAUGAAGUAUGAUCCGAAGACCAUUGUUGUCGUCGUAGGCGCUCUAUCCAUAGUCACGAGUCUUUUAUCAGCUGUCAUAGUGAAGACUAUAGGCAAGCGAAAGCUGGUCGUUGGUUCAAUGUUAGGCACGGCUUGCUGUAGCAUCGCUCUCAGCAUUUACGCCAGAACUUACCUUCCUUCGACCGUCUUCUCUUAUGAUAAGGAGACGUUCCCUGAACCGAAGGAUGUACUGCCUGUAGUCUUGUUCCUAGCUCUUACGUGUUUCAACGCUCUUGGGAUACCUUGGGUGCUGCUGUCUGAAGUUUUUCCGUUCAAGAGUCGAGGAAUCGCCACAGCCUUAGCAGCUGCUGCGAGCUACAUUUUCUUCUUCUUCGCAUCCAAAACUAACUACAAUAUCGAGUAUGCCUUCCAUCUUAGCGGAACUUUCGGGUUAUAUGGCAUAUUCGGUUUUAUAGGAACAGUAUAUCUUUACUUAUUCCUGCCAGAAACAGAACAAAAAACUCUGGCAGAAAUCGAAGCUUACUACAAAAGUGAUAGGAAAAUAUUCGCCGAUGAUUUCGUCAUAAACGCUUUUAGGAAAAAGAAAGUCAUGAGCGGUGAGGCCGAGAAACCGAUGCUAGUCAAAUCUAUUAAUUGAAAGGAAAUGUGAGUACAAAUAAUACCCAAGAACUACUUGAUGCCUAGCGUCUAUAAUGUAUAGAUAGAUAUACACCAAUUGCUGUUCAUGCUAAAGUAAAUCUUCAAGCAGAUUGAGUCAUUUGGGUUGUCUAAAAGUUCUUAAGUCUAUAUUUCAUCUUCUUUCUAUCCGACAUGAUGUUGGGUUCUUCUUAUACGUAAUUAAUAUUCAGGUAUAUUAGUACCUCGCCUUGGCUUUCAUUAUAGGAGUGAUAGUGAAAGAAAUAUUAUAAUGAAGUAUACGUAGUAAAUGAUAAAUAAUUAGAUUUAUUUAGCCUAUUAAGUAAAGUAAGUUUGUAUGUGGUUUCGUCUGUGAAUUAUUUAAGUAUUUUAUGUAUGUGUAAGGUAAUUUGUACAAAUAUACUUAUAUUCGAAUUUUAUUUAUCUGAUAUCCUAAGUAUAUCUUGUUCAAGAUGUAACAUUUCAAUGCUGGCGUUUGAUUUGCUAAAGGUUCAUAAGUUUGGCAGCUGGAAAUUUAUUAUUGUUUUUAAAUACUCAAUUAUGUAAUACAUUCCUUUUUAUUAUUAUAAAUAAUAAAGCAUAUAAGUUAUACAUACUCAUAGUACCAUAAAAAUAAAUUUUGUAUGAAUGAAUUUCAUAGUUUUGGGAUUCGGUACAGAAAACUUGCCAUUAUGAUUAGAACUAAAAUAAUGUUAUUUUAUUGAAUAGAUAUCAUGAGAACCUCAGAACGAGACUGACCGUGAUUUUUUAUGAAAGGAACUGUAUAUACUGUUGCUACUAUUGUAAAAAUAAAAUUGUUUUCAUUAUGA